AUGUCUACUUAAAACAACAAUGUCAAACCAACUUCCUCAACAGCUCGAAGAAAGAAUAAUUUUUUCAUAGAGGAAGUAAACCUUUUCAAAGAGUUAUAGUUAAAAGAAAAGUAAUAGCAAGUAAUUGUGGACUUAUUUCAAGAUCUAAUCCCCAAUUUAUACUAAUUACGGAACAAUUACUAAUCUCAAAUUAAUCAAAUAGCCAAAACAUACACGUAAACAUUCGAGCAGUGUGACGCACUUCAAAAGCAGUCUUUUAUCGAUCUCACUUGUAAAUUGUGCUCAUCUUCAAGUCAGAUCCUGGACUUUAAGGAUACCCAGGAUUCCAUAAAGAAAUUAAGAGUUACUCUUAAAGAAAUGAAAAAUUUCAAUCUCAAUGUCGAUCUGAUCAAGCAGUUUGGUGAAUUAGAAACGAACUAUCUAAAACUAUUGAAAGAUAGAUAUGUAAUGACUAAAGCUGAGAAUGAGACAGCAGAAUUACUAAAUGAAAUCAUGAAAUCCUAAUAAGAUCCUCAGAUCAAAUAUAUAAUAAGCAUAAUUGAAUCCUAAGAAGAAAAAAUUAUUUCUAAAUUCAAAGAUAAUGAGGAAAUAAAUAAAAAGAUGAUGGCAAAGCAAUCUACCUAUUCAUAAAAGGCAGAUAUAAUUAUCAAGCAAGCUGAGAAAGUAGUUUAUCAGCAUGAAAAUGCUUAGGAGCAAAUCACAUAAUAAGCAAGAGAGGUGUUCCAGUCAUAUCUUAACCAAGAAAUUAGUAUGUUUAAGAAAAAUGAUCCCAAAUAACAGUCAAACUAAGAAUAGGAAAAUAGCAAUCUAAAUGACAUACCUAAUUCUAAUGUUAAAGAAUAAGAAAAAAGCAGGCAAGGCUAGAAACCUGAACUAAUCAUGAAACUUGAAAGCUUGCAAGAAUAGGAUAUAAUAGAAGAAAAAAUCUUAGAAUACUUCAAGUUGAUUUAGAACAGUAGAGAUGAGGAAAUUUUGAAAAACUGUAAGCAGCUUUCAAGUUUAAAAUUACUAUUAAAUAUGAUCAAAGCUUGCAUGAACACUGAGAAAAAUUUCUCAAUUGAGCUAAAGAAGAUCUUACCUUCUGAUUCUGUUUUUAAAUUGCUGAGCGACACUGAGCUGGCACCAACAGUCAAAUAGAUUAUAGAAUACAUAAAAGAGAUGAUUGAUAUUCAUGAAAGUAUGAGUUAAUAAUACACUUUGAUAUUUCCUAAGAUGGAAAUUAUCAUUCAAAAUAUCGAGUAAUCUGUUUCGAACUAUGAACAAGUCUCUGACUCAUAGAUAACAGAUAUCAAGACUAUCAUUCAAAACUAUGCUGCUGGCUAAGCAAAAAUCACAAAGCAACUAUAGGCUAACCCUAAAAAGCAACUUGAAGAGUAACUAUUGAAAGAAAGAUAGGAUCAGAAAACUGAUUUUGUCAUUAUGCUUUCGUCAUUGAUCUAAAACACCAUAAACAUGGCUUGCUAUACUUAAACUGAUAUUGAUCACGUAUUCGAAAAGUAUGAUGAGGAAGUCUAACUUGUACUUGAAGAUAUAGUUGAGGAUUCGAAUCAGUGUAUUUUGAGAUCAAGUUAAAAACUAUUAGAUUUUGUACAAGAUGAACUUAAGUUUUGUUAUGGCAACAAGUUCUACAAAGAUUCGAUGAAACUACUAUUCAAAAAGAUUUACAAGAAUCAUGAAUUGAAUAGCAAUUCUAGUAAUAAUGGUUCAUAGAGUAACAAUAACAAUAAUAAGCUGGAAAAUAAUAACAAUAUUGGAUCUGACAAUUUAUCAUAGUCAAUUAUUUCAGAUAAUAUUAUCAAUAACAAAAAUGAAGAUAGCAAGAGUAGCAACUAAUCAAACUUGUCUUAAAAAGGUGAGUAAUACACAAGUCAAGCUGAUAUUGAGAUAAAUGUUGACUUGGUUUAAAAAGACUAUUUCAAUAAUCAAAGGACUUAAUCUUGUAAAGGUGCUCAUUUCAAUAGCAUUAGAGAUAAGCAAAAUGAGUACUUAUUGAAUAAGUGCAAGAGUAUGAUACAGCCUAAUCAUCUUUAGAUGGAAUAUGUAUCAGGCAAUGCAAUUAUUUUAGCAACUAUCAAGACGAAACUUAUUAAUGAGAUGCUUGCUAGAGAGUCAAUUCUUGAAGAAGAAAAGUAUUCAGCGUAAAUUCUAAGUAUAAAAGAAAAAUAGCUUAAAAAAAGUGAGGACUAAGUCUAGUAAAUGAAGCAAUCAGUUAAACAAGAUGAUAAUAGUAUAUAGUUUAUCUAUGAGAACUAUGGCUUUAUUGGUCCAUAAGAGGAGAUUAAGAAUUCUUAUGCAUGUGCAGCCAAACUAAAAAUUUUACUUCAAGGCAGAAUGUAUAUAACCACUCAUAGGAUAGUAUUUCAUUCAUACUUUAAUGAUAGAAACGUAUUCUUUGGCAGUAAUACCAAAAUUCAAUUUCUGUUGAAAGAGGUAAAAGAACUUGAGAAACAGUACAGUGCAAUGGUUUUUGAUAAUUCCAUGAUUUUGAAGACUAUUGAUAAUGGUGAGUACUUUUUCUCUAGCUAUGUCAACAGAGAUUAAUGCUUUGAUUUGAUAGCUGAAACCAUAAAAUCUAAGAGAAAAUAAUCCAAAAGCUAGGUGAUUAGUAAGCAAAACAGCUUCAAAUCUAUAGAUUAAAGUUAAAAUUAAGAAGGCUAAUAACCGUAUAAUGAUGCUGCUUAAUAGUAAUAAGAGGACAAUAAUUUCUUUGAACAGUAGUUAGAGGAAGAAGCAAACUAGCUUAAUGUAUAAAAUAAAAGCGAAAUCUAGUAGGAAGACGAACAGGGGGUAAUUGAAGAGGAAGAAAAUUUGGAUUCAAAAGCUUAAUUGGAGCAAGCAAAAAUUUCAAGGAAAUUUAUAAUAGAUGAUUAAUACCUAAAACUCGAGAAGGACCGUUUGGAUUAAGUCAGGAAACUCGUACAAAAUUUUGAUGGGUUUAAUCUCUAAACAUUUUAAGAUAAUCUGUAAAUGGACAUUCAGGUUAUAGUAAAAAACUACUUUAAUUAUAGCGAAAAAAAUCCUGCUUUUGAAAAUCUUUCUAUACUGGAAUAUCUUGAAAAAUAUGUUUUAACAAAUAUAGAUUUGAAUUUUUCUCCAAAUGUUUAUACAGAGAUCCCAGAAUAUUUCAAAGAUCAUAACUAUGAUGUCUCUGACUAGCAGGAGUUUUAAAAUUGGCCUUUGAAAGUUGAAUACUAAUUUAGUAUCACACAUUUAACAGAAAAUCCUAAAUUUAUGCAGCCUAAGAGUAAUAAGGGGGUUAUGAGUGUUGUUCAUUAUUUUAUCAGCCCAAGAUACGUUAUUAGAAAAGCAAUCCUUUAAAAUGAAGGAUUUACAUUUGCUGAUUGUUUUAAUAUUGAAUGGCUUUUGUAAUUUAAAGAAACCGAGGGAUCAUCUGAUAAGAUCUCUAAUGUUACGAAUGUGGAAUCUAGAUUUAGAGUAAACAUGCUAAAACCUGUGAGAUUCUUAUAAGGGACUUUAAUUAAAGAAACUGAAAAGUCCUUAAAAGACUCCUAUGGUGACUAAUAUUUAAAAGUUUUAAAAGAAAAGCUUAUAAUAGUCAAUUAAUCUUGGGAAAAAUAAAAGAUUUAAUAGAUUGAAAGUCAAAAGCUAUCGAGAUCCCUGAUAUCAACGGCUCCAUCCAAUAAUUAACAGAAGAAAAUUCAGAAAGAAAAUAGCUCUAAUCAUAGCUAGAAGCAAUAGAUAAGCAAACCUCAAAUUAAGGAACAAAAUAUAAAGUAAUAGGCAGAGGUGGUGCUAUCUAAUUCAGCUUUGAACGAGUAACUCAACAGAAUUGAAAACUUCAUUUAAAAGAAGGCCGAUGAAAAUAGCCAAAUUUAGAAUGGCAUUAAAUCUGAAAUUUAAGACUUAAGGAGUUCAGUUGACAACAUGUCCAAGAUAGUUUAUGCUUUUGUAGGCUUAAACAUCUUUAUCAUUCUUGUCAUACUGUUCCUUCAUUGA